CAGGCUCACUCGGGCGGUGGGCGGGGGUCUCGCUGGGCCCCGGAAGGUAGUGGGAGGCUGAGCGCCCGGCAUGCGGGUGCGGCCGCGGGAGCUGCCGACUACGUAGUGGGAUCGGGAGCCGGUGGCGGCGCGCGGGGCAGACUGUGUUGCUAACCAUGGCAUCUGGAGAUGACAGUCCUAUCUUUGAAGAUGAUGAAAGCCCUCUUUAUAGCCUGGAAAAGAUGACAGAUCUUGUAGCUGUUUGGGAUGUUGCAUUAAGUGAUGGAGUCCACAAGAUUGAAUUUGAGCAUGGGACCACCUCAGGCAAACGCGUUGUGUAUGUGGAUGGGAAGGAAGAGAUAAGAAAAGAGUGGAUGUUCAAAUUGGUGGGCAAAGAAACGUUCUACGUCGGAGCCGCAAAAACCAAAGCCACCAUAAAUAUAGACGCUGUCAGUGGUUUUGCAUAUGAGUACACCCUGGAAAUUGAUGGGAAAAGCCUCAAGAAGUACAUGGAGAACAGAUCAAAGACAACCAACACCUGGGUAUUGCAUUUGGACGGCAAGGACAUGAGAGUUGUUCUGGAAAAAGACACUAUGGAUGUAUGGUGCAAUGGUCAAAAAAUGGAGACAGCAGGCGCGUUUGUAGAUGACGGGACUGAAACACACUUCAGUGUCGGGAGCCAUGAGUGUUACAUAAAAGCUGUCAGCAGCGGGAAGAGGAAAGAAGGCAUCAUCCAUACGCUCAUCGUGGACAACCGGGAAGUCCCAGAGCUCUCUGUGUGAUGGCUCGGUAGUGAGGUUCCGAACCGAAGAGGUGACAUCAGGACUUGCUAAUGGCUGUGGUCAUUAAACAUGUUCAGUAUGUACAUAUCGGUAGAUUUAGUCUUCGAUGUUUUUAUUUUUAUCUUUUGUUACUUGAAACUGUAAUGUUCCAGUGGUCAAGAAAAAAUGUGGACUCAGACUCAUAAAAAUUUAUUUUUAACUAAUGUAAAAUGUUUCUAAUUCAGAUGGAAAAUAAAAUGUGGACCAAAACCACUAACAUCUCACAACAGUAACCUUAACUGUGAUAGUGAACACUGUAAAAUAAACUGGUGCUGCUGGCUGUGUCCCACA